AAGUAAAUUGCGCCAAUCGAUUUGAUGGUCUUUGUUGUCAGCGCGCCUUUUGUCUGCAAUCUGAAACAGGACCGUGUCUGCAACUGAACUGUACUCUAUUAUGUGAAUCUACAUUUAUUUAAAAAAAACAUUCUUUUAUACUACAUAAAAUAUCGUACGGUUACUCUAAAUAAGUUGAAAGAAAUUAUGAAAAAUAAUUUAGUUUAUAUUCUUUAUCCUCAAUGGUAAGGACGGCGAAGGUGGCGUUAAAUGCUGAAGUUUAACAAAUUAAUCCUACCGCUAUGGUUAGCGGCCGAAAACAUAUCUCCCGAUGUUAAGAAUCUUAUCCCUACUACGGAAGUUUUCGGACCUACGGAAGUUUCGGUCGCCAGUAUUUGCGACCGUGGAAUAGGAGCUAGGUACUAGUUGUAUAUGUAUAUGUAUAUGUAUAUGUAUAUGUAUAUGUAUAUGUAUGGUGUAAAUAUGGCGUCUACGUUAGAAAAUUUGGAAACACAGUUGGAGCUUUUUAUUGAGAAUGUUAGGCAAAUACGUAUUAUAGUGAGUGAUUUUCAACCGCAAGGACAAAAUGUACUGAAUCAAAAAAUUCAAGGUUUAGUAAACGGGUUACAAGAAAUAGACAAACUUAAGUCUCAAGUUCAAGAUGUUCAUGUACCUUUGGAGGUUUUCGAUUACAUUGAUCAAGGCAGAAAUCCACAAUUAUAUACUAAGGAUUGCAUAGAAAAGGCAUUAACUAAAAAUGAACAAGUGAAAGGAAAAAUCGAUGCUUAUAGGAAAUUUAAAGCAAACAUGCUUGUAGAGCUAACUAGAGUUUUCCCACAUGAGUUGGCUAAAUAUAGAGCUAUACGUGGUGAUGAAUGAACAGAAAGUAAACCAAACAACAUAAUGCUUUUUUGUUAAUUUUUUUAUAAUAUCCUAAUUACAUAUAUAAUAAAUAUUUAUUAAAAAAAAAUA